UGAAGGAAGUUUAGUUUGUGCUCACUUGCGGCCUGCGCGGUAUACCGUUAUUUAAUUUGACGGAUUCACCAGAGUGGGAAUAUUUCAGUACGGUAUACACGUGAUGUACACUGUGAAUAGUAUAUUGUUGUCAUUCCGGUUCGUUAUCUGUAUUCUGUAAGUGUUCUAACUGUAACUGUUCUUGUCUCAUUCGAAUUUAUUAGUGGAAGUUUUAAAAAAAUUAUAUCUUGUAUUGUUGAUUUUUCAAAAUUAUUGGAGGUUAUAUUGUAUGCAUAACCUGUUCACAACGUCUCUGUGGAACUUAAUCUCAAUCUCAAUUGGUUAAUUUCAAAGGUGUGGUGACGUACUGCAAAUAUGUCAACUUCUAGUUCCACUAGAGGUGUUGGAAGAGGACGAGGUCUAAAUAUCCCGUACAAUCCACAUAGGAGUUUGGAAAUGUGGGAGGGUCGACCCGGUCAUCCUGCAGGUGGAACUCCCUCUGUUAUCAAACCUGACCCGAAAUCUGGUUGCUACAAGCUCCAUGUCAAAUCCAUUCCUUUGAGUUGGAAUGAGAACUCGUUGAGAAAUGCGUUUCAGAAAGUAGGAAGUCCUGUGUCCAUAUAUAUGAGUCCACAUACUCCUGGCACACCAUUCAAGUGGGGUUUUGUUGAGUACGCAACAUUGGAGUAAGUACUGGUUUGUUUUCCAAUUAUGAUCAUGUACUUAAAAUGUCAUUGCCCUUGGUAUAAAUAAAUAAAAUGACAAUUCUAUUUAUUUCCAUUUCUGUAGAACAAGAAAAAGAUU